CAACACUGAAUGCUUGUCACCCUCCUCUCCCGUAGCUGGUGCUAGUAGUUCGUGUUUAAAGCCAGGGGGCUUGUGUAAGUAAGCCCCGCCGUUGUAGUCCCGUUUGUAGUUAUGGAGUUUGCAAGGCGUGAUAUGUAGUCGUAUUGUUGUUCACUUAAAAAAAAUACUUACUAUACAAUUUAUUUGCGAGUGGGUCUGUUAUAUUUUUUUCUGAAUCAAUCACAAGCUCUUUUUUUUGGGGUUCAUCAGUCCACCCCGUCGGUGGAUAUUUCUGCAAGCGUUCGGAGACAUGACUGGCAACCGAAAUCCGGAAUCGUCAUCAACGUUGCAUCUUUUGCGUGCAGUAAUAAUGUAAAAUUAUUGCCGCGGCUGCUGAUGCUACGGGCAAGUUCUCUUGCUGAGGGCUUGUUGCACUCUCUCUCUCUCUCUCUGGACGGUACACACAUAAAGAGCCAUCCGUCUUGAAAAGGAUGUCACUGCUCCCGGGAUGUGCCACCAUCACGCUCGCCUUAUUCCAAGUGUUCCAGUUUACCUGCGUUCACACAAGCCCCGGCGGGCAAUUUUCACGGCUGGGCUCCCACUACGAGGAGACGAUGGAGCCAGAGCGAUGGGCAGCGGCGGAGCGAGCAUGCCACCGCCGCUUCGGCCGCCUGGCCAGCGUCACCUCGGCCGCGGACAACGUGGCCCUGGCUCGACUCCUGAGCCCGCGCGGCACGCCGGGACCUCGUCCCUCACUCUGGAUCGGGGCGCGGGUCAGCUGGGCCGCGUCCGGCGACAUCGGCGCUUCGGGGAGGCCGGGACGCCCCCCUUCCCAAGCCUCUUCCGUCGGUGGCCUCGAAGCGCCCAGCGUCCCCAUGCUGGAGUUCCCGGAGCGCACCGACAAGAAGUUCGCUCGCCUGCACGUCCCCGUGCCCGACCUGGACGCCGUCACCGCGUGCCUUCGCGUGCAGUGCCUCGACCCGCAGCCGGGAAUCCUCACCCUCUUCUCGUACGCCGCGCCCGACUUCACCAACGCCUUCCAGCUGCGCGCCAACGUGCCCUCGGCCGCCGGCGAGGCGCUACAGGUGGCGCUCAUCGUGCACGGCAAGCACGGCCCCUACCGCCCGCUGCGCUCGCUGGCCGACGGCCGCUGGCGCCACGUGUGCGUCGCGUGGGGCGGCCGCGACGGCUCGUGGGCCAUCUACGUGGACGGUGCCAAGCGCGAGUCCGGCCGCGGCCUCAACACGGGCAGCAAGAUCGCCGGCGGAGGGGUGUUCAUCAUCGCGCAGGAGCAAGAUUCCCUGGGCGGCGCGUUCAAGCGCGACGAGGCGUUCAGCGGCAACCUCACCGACCUGCGGCUGUGGCGGCGAGAGCUGGGCGAGGACGAGGUGGCGGCGCUGGCAUCGUCGUGCGCACCGCCCCACGCCGCCGGCGCCGCCAGCGACGCGUCGCUCCUCUUCUCCUGGGACCUGUGCCAGCUGGAGGUGGAGAGCUCCGUGAGGAUCUCCCAGCACGUCCUCCAAUGUAACGAUUCCACGCCCGGAGUGGCGAUCGGCUUUGCCCGCGGUGGCGGUGAGCCCGGCGCCCGCCGGCAAGCGCCGCCCGUCGCCGUGACCUGGGCCGACGGCUCCGUGUCGACCUUCCACAACGUGAGCGGCGGCGGCGCUGCGGGCGCUGGCGGCGCUUGCGCUGGGGGCUGCGCGGCGCUGCACCCAGCCACGGGCCGCUGGGAGGUGUCGAGCUGCGACGACAGGAAGCCCUUCCUCUGCGAGUACCGGCAGAGUGCCUACGAGAGUUACCAGGCGCUGGCUACGGAGUCCGAAACGCCGUUUGCUGCCAAACUCAACGGUCUCAUCGGUGGCUCUCUGGUGUCCGACUACCUGGCGCUGAACAGCACCAAGUUGCUCGCCAACGCGUCGGAGGCGGGCGUGCUGAUGGGGGCCGCCCUGCAGGCGAUGGAGGGCGACCGCGUGGCGCUGGCUCCGGCCGACCUGCUGGCCGUCGCGCGGCUGCUGGGCAGCGUGGCCGACAUGGGCCUGGUGGAGGGGCGGCCCCACAUCGGGGCCCCCGGCGACCUGGCGGGUCGCUUUGUGGCCCUCGCCAGCGGCUGUCUCUCCCCGAACAACUCGGGGCAGUGGCAGCGCAUAGAGCAGGUGGUCGGCAGCGGAGGCCCGAUGGCUGUGGUGGAGAGUUUGGAUAAGUUUGCGUUUCAGUUGGCCGACUCGCUGUCGUCCGAAAAGCUCAACAUCACCCUCAGCGAGGAGAACAUUGAUUUGCGCAUUGAGCACCUGGAGCUGGAAGGCGUGCGAGUGAGCGGAGUGGUCUUCAACCCCAGUGACGAAGCCGAAAGCCAGAGCAGCAACCAGAUCGAGAUACCCGCCGCAGAGGUUGAGAGAUUGCUAUCCGCAGGGCAUGAAGCGCUUACCUUCAUUCACGCUCAUUACAGCAGCCUCCCAGCUCUACUUGGUUCUGACGCUGCCUUGCUUCAGUACAGCAGGGGGCCCGUGUUCCUCACCAAGGAUGGCAGAGCACGGAGAGAGCAGAGAGUUCUGGGAACAGCUGUCGUUUCAUCUUCAACGCGAUUACCCAGAGUUCUUGGCGGGGCCCCGACUGAGAUCUCAACAUCCGUGCAGUACACGCUGCAUCAUGUCACUCAGGCCGUCUCUCUAAAACCUGCAAAACCCAUGUGUGUAUUCUGGGAUUUUAAGCCACAGAUGGGAUCGGGGGGCGGCUGGUCAGACAAAGGCUGCAAGCUGAUCCGUACCGGCACUGAAUCCACGUCGUGCUUUUGCAACCACACGACCAAUUUCGCCGUGCUCCUGCAGGUGGUGGAGGUAGAGCGGACAGACGCCGAGGAGGACAUCCUCAAUGUGCUCACCUUCGUUGGGUCCGGAGCGUCGCUCUGUGCUCUCGUCGUCACCCUGACGCUCUUCGUCGUGCUCGACAUCCCCAAGUCCGACCGGACGUCCAUCCACAAGAACCUCUUCCUCGCGCUGACGGCAGCGCAGAUCGUGCUGCUGUGCAGUGGCUCCACCACCACCAACAGGGUGGCGUGCACAGCUGUCACGGCUCUGCUCCAUCUCUUCUUCAUGGCCGCGUUCAUGUGGAUGCUGGUGGAGGGCCUCCUCCUGUGGAGCAAAGUGGUCACGGUGAACCUGAGCGAGGAGAGCCGCAUGAAACACUACUACCUCAUCGGCUGGGGAAUCCCGGUGCUGAUCGUGGGGAUCACGCUGGCGGCCGCACAUGAGGACUACACGGCCGCGCGUCACUGCUGGCUCAACGUGCACAGCGGGGUCAUCUGGGCCUUCGUGGGGCCCGUGCUCUUCAUCAUCGCGGUCAACGUGCUCGUGCUGGGCCGGGUGCUGGCUAUCACCAUGGCAACGGCCAAGCGGCGCUCCAUCAUGCUGGCCGUGAGCAGCGGUCCGACCGAGCAGGCCUACGAUCAAAUAAGGGCGGCCAUCAAGGCGGUGAUCGUCCUGCUGCCCAUACUGGGACUCACGUGGCUCUGCGGAGUGCUCGUGCACCUGGCGCCCGCACUCGCCUACCUGUUCAUCGCUCUCAACUCGCUGCAGGGGCUCUUCAUCUUCCUCAUUUACGGAGUGUACAACACAGAGGUACGGAACACGAUCAAGAGAAUGAAGGAAAGACGCAAAGCUCUCUCCUUCUCGAACUGCGCGGCCAGCUCGCGUCCCUCCAGCUCGCUCACGAGCUCGCGCCCCACCACGGCGACCGGCCCGGACGGCGACGGCGCCGCGAGGCUCACGGCCCACAGCCCCGAGCUGCCCCCCACUGCGGGUUCGGCACGGCCGCCCGCGGCUCCUCUCCCCCCCGCCGCCUCCCCGCGACCGCCGCCGCCGCCGCCGGCGCGGCAGGUGUCAACGCUCAGCCUGGGGCCCACGGGGACCGGCGGAGCCUCCGCCUACAGCCCCCCCAGCCACGACACUUCACAACAGGGCCCAAAGGCCCAAAACAUUAAGGGGCCUGCGGCAAACAGCACCAUCAAGGACGUAGUAGAUUAG